GCCAGGCAGCGCUGGAGGCCCGGAGGCUCAUUUCUCCCCACGGAGGGAGCUCUGGGAUGUGCAUGUGAGAAGGGGGAGCCGCGGAGGCCGAUGGCGGUGAGGAGCGGCCCGAGCCCCGCGCCCCUGGGCGCGGCUCAGGGUGACCCGGGAGAGGCGGGGGCGCUGCCGGGCCCCGACGCCGGCCUCCGGGACGCGCCGGCGGCCUCGCCGCUCAAGGCCAAGGCCCGCAGGGUGCGCAGGAUCAAGGCCCUGGUCAUCGACCUGGGCUCCCAGUACUGCAAGUGCGGCUACGCGGGCGAGCCGCGGCCCACCCACUUCGUCUCCUCCACGGUGGGCAGGCCCUGCGCGGCGGCCGCCCAGGCCGGCGACACCCGCAAGGAGACCUACGUGGGCCACGAGCUGCUCCGCACCGGGGCGCCCCUGAGGCUGAUGAACCCGCUGCGGCACGGCGUCGUGGUGGACUGGGACUGCGUGCAGAGCAUCUGGGAGUACGUGUUCCGCACGGCCAUGAAGAUCCGCCCCGAGGAGCACGCCGUGCUGCUCUCCGACCCCCCGCUCGGCCCCGCCGGCCAGCGGGAGAAGUACGCCGAGCUCCUGUUCGAGGCCUUCGGCGUCCCCGCCCUGCACGUGGCGUCCCAGCCGCUGCUGUCCGUGUACGCGUACGGCAGGACGUCGGGCCUGGUGCUGGAGAGCGGCCACGGCGUCUCGCACGCGGUGCCCAUCGCCGAGGGCAACGUGCUGCCGGGCCUGCCGGGCCGGGCCGACUACGCCGGCGGCGACCUCACCAACUACCUGCUGCGGCUGCUCAACGAGUCCGGCCACGAGUUCACGGACGACCACCUGCACAUCGUGGAGCACAUCAAGAAGACGUGCUGCUCCGCGGCGCCCGCGCCCGGCCGCGAGCUCGGCCGCGAGCUCGGCCCGCGCGUGGACUGCGAGCUGCCCGACGGCCGGCGCCUGGCCGUGGGCCCGGAGCGCUUCCAGUGCGCGGAGAUGCUCUUCCGGCCCAGCGUGGCGGGCAGCAGCCAGCCCGGGCUGCCCGCGCUCGCCGCCGCCUGCCUGCAGCGCUGCCGGGACGCGGGCCUCGGGGAGGAGAUGGCCGCCAACGUGCUGCUGUGCGGCGGCUGCACCAUGCUGGGCGGCUUCCCCGAGCGCUUCCGGAGCGAGCUGGGCCUGCUCUGGCCCGGGGACGGGCUCGCCGUGGCCGCCGCCCCCGAGCGGAAGACGUCGGUGUGGACGGGCGGCUCCAUCCUGGCCUCCCUGCAGGCCUUCCAGCAGCUGUGGGUCAGCAGGGAGGAGUUCGCCGAGCGCGGCGGCGCCGCCAUCCACAGCAAGUGCUGA